AUGAUUGAAAAUGAUAACACUUUCAAUAAGGAUGAAUGGGAAAUUAUUGAAAAAAAUUAUAGAAAAGGUGGGUUUUCUAAAAUAUCAAAAGCAAAAAAGAAAAAUGGUAUAAUUAAUGGAACUAUUGUAAAUAAAAAAAUGAUUGCAAUUAAAAAAAUUAAAUUUGAUGAUAAAAUUCAAUUUAAUGAAGUGAAUAAUUUAGAAUUAAUAAAAAAUAAAAAUAAAGAGAUGCAAAUAAGUUCAAUAAUUGAUUAUUUUGGAUAUGGAAUUAAAGGAAAAAAUAAAUUAUAUAUUUAUUUAGAAUUUAUUGAAGGAAAAACAAUUUAUGAAUUAAAAAAAAAAAAAUUUCCUUUAAAUGAAAAACAAAUUUCAAUAAUUUUAAAAAAAUGUUUAGAAACUAUGAAAUUUCUUCAUAAUAAUUGUAAUUUAAUUCAUAUGGAUUUAAAAUGUGAUAAUAUAAUUUUAAAACCCAAUAAUUAUGAUAAUAAUAAUAAUAAUAAUAAUAAUAAUAAUAAUAAUAAUAAUAAUAAUAAUAAUAAUAGUAAUAUUAAUGAUGAUAAUAAUAAUAGUAAUAGUAAUAUUAAUGAUGAUAAUAAUUUUGAUAUAAAGAUUAUUGACUAUGGAUUGUCUCAAAAGAUUGGAGAUUUAAAAAGAGAUCAUUAUGGUACAUAUUUACCUGAUGAAUGUAUUCUUAAUAACGUAUCAAUUGUUAAUUAUACAUUUGAUGUAUAUAGCUUGGGUUUUAUAUCAUUCGAAUUAUUUUAUCCAACACAAUUUGAAAUAAAACCUAUAAAGUUAACUCAUAUUUACGAAUAUGUAGAAAAAAGUCAAAUAUCACCACUUUUUUUAAACUUUAUAAAAAAAUGUAUAGGUAGAUAUUUAGAUAUUGAUGUAUUAGAAAUUCAUCCAUUUUUAAAUGAAAAUUAUGAUAAUUUUGAAAAUUACUUUAAAUUUUUAAAACAAACACCAUUGAAACGAAUUAAAUAUCGAAAUGGAAUAAAUGGUGAAAAUGAUAUUUUAAGAAUUAAUAAUUCAACAACGAUAACAAGUGAACAAUUUCCAAAUAAUAGUAAAAUGAUUGAAUUUGGUGAUGAUUUCAAUGGAAUUAUUAAUGUCGAUUAUAUAGCUAAUAAAAAGGUUGUUAUUUUAAAUAAUCCAAAUUAUAAUAUUAUUAAUUUAGACUUUUGUUUCAGUAAUGUUGAAUAUAUAUGUAUUAAAGGUAUUGGAGUAUUGGAAAUUAGUAAAAUUACACACAACAGUUUAGAAACGUUUAUUUAUGAAGGAGAAUUUAAAAAUGAUUUUAUCCUUAAACCUUAUCUUUUCACAAAUACGAAACACCUAAUUUUAAAAAAUUAUAAAAAUUAUAUUCGUCAUCGUGGUAUUAUUCCUGAAGGUGUAACAUUUUUAGAAUUAAGUGAUUCAAUUGGUAUAGAAGUAAUUAAAACAUUUAUCCAUUUACCAAAAUCUAUUGAAGAAUUAUGUUUUGGUUGCACUGAAGAAACAUUAAAACAGAUCGAAAGAAAUUUAAUUCUACAAAGUAUAAACUUUUUUAUUAUAAAUGGAAAAUUAAUGAAAUUUUCAAAAAACAAUAAUUUAGAAUAUUAUGAAUAA